AUGUUUUUAUUAAUAUAUAUAAUCUUCAUUAUAUAUUAUUAUAUAUAAAUAUCGGAUUUUUUGAUACAUGGUUAUGGUUAUACGUGGAAGAAAAUUAGAUGAGCUUUGGAAGGUGCAAUGAGUUCCACUUCUAUGCCUGCACCAGGCAAAAUUCUGCCUCAAGGCUUUCCUCAUUUGCGCAAUGACAACUAUACAGUUUGGAUUAGCUGGUGCAUUGGAAACUCUAUGCGGGCAAGCUUACGGAGCAGAGCAAUAUCAAAAGCUUGAAACUUACACUUACUGUGCCAUCAUUUCCUUGAUUUUGGUCUGUCUCCCUAUAUCCUUUCUAUGGAUGUUUACAGACAAGCUUCUUAUCCUUAUAGGCCAAGACCCUUCAAUCUCCCAUGUCGCUCGCAAAUACUCUAUUUGCCUCAUUCCUAACUUGUUUUCAUAUGCUAUACUUCAAGCGCUGAUUCGCUACUUCCAAACUCAGAGUUUGAUCCUUCCAAUGCUGUGUAGUUCAUUUGCCUCUCUGUGUUUCCAUAUACCUCUCUGUUGGGCUCUAGUGUUUAAAGCAGAAAUGGGAAUCAUAGGAGCAGCAUUAGCCAUCAGUUUAUCAUAUUGGUUGAAUGUUAUCUUGCUUGGGUUAUACAUGAAGAAUUCUUCCGAAUGCGAAAAAACUCGUUCUGUGUUCUCAAAGGAUGUCUUCUUUGGCAUAAGGGAAUUCUUUCGCUUUGCUGUUCCUUCUGCAAUAAUGACUUGUCUUGAAUGGUGGUCUUAUGAGGUACUUAUUUUACUAUCUGGGCUGUUACCAAAUCCUAAAGAGGAGACCUCUGUGCUUUCUAUAUGCUUCACAAUCACCUAUCUGCAUUACUUCAUUCCUUACGGGUUUGGGGCCACAGCUGUUAGAGGAGGAAGAGACGAAGCCACUAGUGAAAACCGCGUCGAAAUCGGACGUCGGAAACCGGCGCACGCGCCGGCGGGGUGA